GUAAUGGAUCUGGAAAGUAUACCUAUAAAAGUGACAUGCUUGCAUGUUGCUAUUGUGUCCCCCCUCAUGCUCAAGUUUGGAUUGACGCCCAUGCCUAUCAUGAUUGUAUCCAUUCUACAUUUGACGUUUAGGCAUGUACCUGUCUACUAACACAGUUCAAGACAAAGCAAAGUCAACGAGUAAGGCCUUACAAUUAAUUUACCUCAUGAUAAUCUUGAUUCCUGCCCAAGUACAAUCGCUCGCGAGGCCUCUCCGAUACAUUGUGCAAAGCGCUGUCCAAAAAUACAUUCUCGCUCUUCGAUAUAAGUUGAAAAGUUCUUUACAAAGUUUUUAGUUUGAUCGUUUAUUGUGUCGCAUACACAGUGCUAAAUGGAAUACUUCCGGUCUACAUUAAGAAUGUCUGCAGUACUAAAGCUCCUCGGUGUUCGUGGUCCAAAGCGGCUGGUGAGGGGCCGUUUCAUCUACGCUCUCUUAAUCUCCCUCAUCUUCUUUGUGACCGCCAGCCUCUUCAGGUUCCAGGCCCAGGAGAUCUUUAUUACGUCAUCAUUUCUUCAGACUGACCUGAUCGAGAUGAACAUCCUGGCCCAGGCACAGUCACAAGCUAUACCGCCGGUCACAAGAUCAUCAUCACAGUCUAACCGAGGUGGUGUCCCAGAGUCAAGGUUAGGUGGUAAGUCCUGGUCAGGUGACCUCAAGUCAGGUGACCAUAAAUCAGGUGACUUGCAAGAUCAUGGUCAUAGCAAGCGUGACGAAUACCUGCCGUCUGUUGCGCCAUGGCCGGCUCACCAUGAUGGAACUGAUCAUGCAAAACACAGAAAACACCACAAGCAUCAUACAUACAGGAAGUCGAAAGAGCUGCCUUUAAUUGACAUCGAUAUCAGCAAACUGCAUUUUCCCGAAACAGAGACGCUCUUGAAGUUCCAGUCAAGGAACUUUGUAUCACAUAAAACUGACAAAUCACAUUGGAGUCUCAGCCAUAAUUCCGGCUUACACAAUGGAAACCAUGAGAAGGAUGCGAUAUUUGUGAAGAAUGUUGUAUACCCUAGUUUGCUAGAAGCAAACAACACUGCUCCUUUUAAGGCAGGAUCGUGUUACAGACAAGUCCAUCUGUGGGCCGACGAAGGUAGGAGCUUUUCUAGGAGAGUUGGUGACUUUCCUUGCCCGGGGCUGCCAUGUGGAGUUCGUUUGGUCGUGGACAAUGACUAUGAGACACUGAAGAGUAGUGAUGCCGUGGUUCUGUUUCAUCGAACCAAGUUGGACUGGGCAGAACUGCACCGUCACAAACCGAAGGGUCAGAAGUGGAUAUUUUACACCCAAGAGAAUCCCAUCAAUACAGACAAGAACGUCAUCCCAAAGAAAGAGUUCUACAACACCAGCUAUGACUACAUCAUGUCUUAUCGGUUUAGGGAAUCCCAUAUCUACGGAUCCUACGGCAGAUACAACACAGAUCAUCCUGAGAUGAAGUUUACGGCCAUGAGGAACUGGGCAUCGGACAAGACCAAACAAGUCGCCUGGGUGGCUUCCAACUGUAACAUAGUCUCCUGGGACCGUAAAGGUUUCGUGGAGGCGUUGUCCAGGUACAUCCCGGUGAGUAUGUACGGGAAGUGCGGAACAAAGCCUUGCCCAAGGGAUGAGCGGUGCAACAGGAGUAUCCGCAAGCACAAGUUUUACCUCGCUCUAGAGAACAGUCCCUGCCGCGAUUACAUCACGGAGAAGCUUUGGCGGAAUGCCUUCCUGAACAACGUUGUUCCCGUCGUCUAUGGAGCCUCGAAGGAGGACUAUGAACGGGUCCUGCCGCCCGACUCGUUCAUCCAUGUCGAGGAUUUUGACUCCAUUAAGGAACUAGCAUCGUACCUGCGGAGACUCAGCAAAGACGAGGGGCUCUACAACACGUAUUUCGAGUGGAAGAAGUUCGGCUGGGUGCAGCUCACCAUCGAAGAAUAUCUCCUGGAGCCGGAACAAGUAUGUGAAAACAUUGUCUCGAGGCUUCUGGGUGACGAAAGAGACAUGAGGGAAGGAACCUACCACAGGCCGAAGUUCCCGGAUUGGAAAGACUGGUGGACAAACUCGUGCAAGUUAGGUAUCAAAUGGCCAAUCAAAUUAAAAUGAGAAAGACGGUUAAGGCGCUUGAAGUAAAGACACCUAAAGUGAAAACUUAGUCCUCAACAAUGACGCGAAAGCUGUUCUUUAUAAAUUCACUGCACUGGGGUGUUAAAACUGACAUCAGUAAGGUGUCCCUAGAGAACCACAUCAUGAGGUGUUAAAAUUACACCCUAGAGUUUGAACUUCCAAUACCAGAGAAUGUUUAAGUAACAACGAAAGGUGUUGUAAUAACACAGAUUGGUGUUGAACUUACACCACAAAUUUAAUACCGGCGGGGUAAAUUACUCUGGUCAUUUAGGCCAGUACGAACAACAACAAAGUUUUUGACGUGUUGGGUCACGGAAUAUAGAAGAAGCAAGAAAAAAGGAAUAAAAUGGUCAGAAUCUGGACAACUGAAAGGAGAGAAAAAAUCUGCGAGUUCUAUUGGGAUAAAAACGAGAACGGCAAAAAUAAAAUAAAAUGAUUAAGAUCGAGAAUUUUUAUUCGGAGAGACACAAAUGGGGGAAUGGUUAAUCAGGGCAGAACCAAACCCUGAAACUGAUGCUAGAGUUUUAGCUCCGAGACGUACGGACAUGACGGAGGGUUUAAGAACAGAGAAAAUGUAUUGCCAAAUGCCCUUCAUGACAAGAACAACCGAGAAGUCUUUGUCGAAAGAUGGUGAAUCAAUACAGCAGUUUUCGUCCUUGACUCUGGACAAACGACAUUGCUUGCAAAAUUUAUUCGUCCGUUCCGAAGCUUAGGACGAAACUGCUGUUCUGGUCCACCAAUUUUCGACGAAGACCUCCAAGCUGUUCUUUGGCAUUUUGACGGGCACUGAUUUUCAAUACAUUUUACUGUGUUCUUAAUCCUUCCGUACAUCGCGGAGCAAAACUCCCUGUUAUUGAGGAACACGUGGUACUAUUACCAUGAUUACCUGCAAAAUUAUUACAUAUAACGCAAGGCGACGCAAAUAAAAACAUUUUAAAAGUCUAACGUAUGACGUACGGAAUCAUCUCUCCAUGCAGUGGUGUACGCGGGGGGGGGGGGGGGUUACAGGUGUUCAACCCCCUUAAAUUUAUUGAUACCCAAAACCCACCGCUGAGAAUUCACCCCCCCCUAAAAAAUGUUGAAGACCUUUUUUUUUAAGAUUUUUUUUUUUUUGGGGGGGGGCUGGGGGUAUCAUUUUAGGAUACGAAACGACGUAAAUUUGUAGUGAAGACCUUUUUUGUCAACAUUUCUUUCAGCUUGAAAACACCCCCUUUCAAAAUCUCUGCGUAUGUCUCUGUCUCUAUGUGUAAUCCUAUAGAAAUAAAGAUGAAAGGAAGUAGACAAAAGAAAAGCAAACAAAACGUUAUAAUCAAUAAAUCACUUAAUGAAUAAUUGUUUGUAAAGUUUGAUCUCAACAGAUAUGUAUUAUAAUAAGAAAUGCGAAUUAAUAUUGAUUGAGUUUGGAAUUAUAAAAUAUUUGCCUCUUUUCAAUCUAUCCUUAAAUUCUAUUAUUUCAUUUUUACCUAAUGUGUGAGAUUUCUUGGCAAGCUUGUAUUUGACUUUUCGUUAGUGUAAAUGUAUUAAUAUUAUUUGCAUAAGUUGUGUAAUUCAAUGCGAUUUGUUGUUUCACCUGGAGGAAGUUUGUUUCUUUUUGUUUUAGAAAAAGACAAUGAGAUAUUGUAUUUCAUCUUAAUAAUAAUGUUUUUCGUAAUCUACCAACUUAUUAAUUUCCCCCUCUUUCUAUAUCUGUUCUAGGAGUGUGCCAGUAUGGAAUGCUGAAUUCAAGCUUAUUAUUAUCCUGGCAUUAUAAAAAUGAAAACAAAAAUAACCUUAAAAUUGUGUGAUUGUGAGAAAAAUUAUAUACUUUAUUGCUCAAAUUAAAAAAAAUUACAAAAAGAGGUACACUGCCUGAAUGCUGCAAAUCAUGUGGAUUGCCCUCAAGAUCGGCCAAAGUUUGCGACCUCAGCGGUUGUAAACCAUACAACAUGGAUGUUGCUUUAUCGAGAUCGGAUAAAAAGUAUAUAGAAACUUUUUAGCAUUUAAAGUGUUCAUUGAUGUUUUAUUAUACAUUGUUUUACCUUGUGUUAUCUUCCUUUUCCUCGAAUGUUCCUCAAAUUGUACAUGUUUUGUAUUAUUUUGUAUUUCAACUUUAAACACAAUUUUGCGAUAAAUAUUCAAUUCAAUUCAUUAAAAAGUGAUAUGCACUCCCUC